AUGCGUGCGUGCAUUGAAUUCGAGGGCGCUGCGCAGGGCGGGCCAUAUGGCGGCGGCGGCUACGGCGGCGGCGGCGGCGACUGGGGCGGCGGCGGCGGCGGCUAUGGCGGCGGCUACCAGCAGGGCGGCGGCGGCUACCAGCAGGGUGGCUAUGGCGGUGGCGGCUACGGCGGCGGCCGCGGUGGCGGCGGCUACCCGCCCCAGGGCGGCGGCUAUGGCGGCGGCGGCUACUAA